UUUGGGAUGUGGACAAAUCUGCAGGAAUCGUGUAAUGGUAUCAUGACGGUAUGAACUAAAUGAACUAUGAAGAGUCGAGGAAACUGUCGGUCAAAUCCCACUUCAGCCACCAAUAAGAAACAGGUUUUUUGUUGUUGUUUCAUCCUCAGACGUUAUUGCAGGUUGUGUCGCAUUCCUGGAAGCAUGUCGGGACAGAAGGCGCAUUAAAAUAAGAAACCAGUUACAUGUGCUGUUUUCGUUCAGCAGCACUGACGCGGGAAUGCUUCAUGCGAUACUUGGAAACGUCUGCCAGUCCUUAAACAGAGGAAGACGGAUACAAGAGACCCAGACUCGUUUUCCAGCCUCAGUGGAGUUUUGAUUUAAAUCCAGGAGUGACACUGAGGCUCCAAACCACGCCAGUCCACACCCUUAGAAAUCUGCCACCUUUCAUGUUUCCUGCUCUAAUUUUUAUAUUUUUUAUACUGUUGUGUUUUCUGUUGCAUUCGCUCGGGCGCUCUCCACCCUGCUGAUGAACCAGUCAUAGCAGUGACAUGAGGAAUUUACCUCGUCCUCGGGGCGCCAUGGUGCCUGUGCGUCCUUCUGCUUUUUCCCCUCUCUCUCUCUCUCUUUCUCUCUCACUCUCUCUUUUUCUCUGUGUGUGUGUGUGUCUCUCAAGCAAACACACACUCACUCUUUCUCUGAAACAAACCAGUGUAGCUCAGUGGUUUGUUGUAGGAGGUGCAGGCAGCUGUAUGGGGUAGCCCUCAGUUCGUGACCUCCUCUCCAUGGCCUGUCGUCUCUCCGCCUCUGGCUCCUACACCGUAGUCAUCAUCCCACUGAGGACCAGCCUUCACAGCCAGGAGGCCCUUCGCUUCUACCUAUGGAUUAAGCGGAUGAAGGACUUGGAACAGGAGAAGGAUGCUCUGUGGUCGGGUCUGGAGGUUCUGGAGAAGGGUCGGCUGUGGUACUUCCAGCGGCUCGGGGAGAACAGGGCUCUGCGGUGCGUCGAGACCAGAUACAGAACCGGCGCUUACCACAAACGUGCAGCAGAGGCUCGGUCCUGCCUCCCCACACACAUCCAGCAGGUUAACGGCUCCCUCGGCUUUAUAAUGAGUGAACCCAACGUCAGCAGCAAUCCCUGUCUCUGUGAUCCACUGGCGGACAGUGACCUCCGCUGGCGAAACACGGUACUGACUCAGAAGGUGAGUGAGAAGAACCGUCGGAUCUCCGUGUUGGAGCUGGAAAAGGAGGCUCUCCUUGAUGAGCUGGAGGAUCUGCAAUUCUGCUGAGUGCCUGAAUUCAAAUGAGAUGAUCCGCACACCGUCGCCUCCCAGAUCGACUCAUUCUGAGGCGCUUAGUCAUUUGUAAAUAUAUAAAUCUAUAUUUAAAUGAAUAAAUUGCUAUAAAUUCUACCUACUCUU